GUGAAACCAGAGCCUUUUUUUUUUUUUCCUCUUUUUCUUUUUACAGCUCACCUGUGAGACACGCCCAUCUUUGUCCCUUUCUGUUUCAAUUCAGGCUGCGUAAGCAAUGGCAGCUGCAACUAUUUCUGUUGAUCAGGACCAGUUCUGUUGUCCAGUUUGCCUGGAGGUUUUACGAGACCCCGUGACGAUCCCUUGUGGACACAGCUACUGUCUGGACUGCAUUGAAGACUACUGGAACAGGGACAAGCAGAAAGACCAGUACAGCUGCCCUCAGUGCCGGCAGGUGUUUAAUCCGAGACCUCUGCUGAGCAGAAACACCGUUCUGGGUGAAGUGGUGGAAAAGUUUCUCAGAAGUGAACAACUACGAGCUGCAGCUCAACAUUUGGACAGACCAGAGGAAGUGAAAUGCAGCGUCUGCAGGGUGAGAAACAGCCGGGCUGUGAAGUCCUGCCUCUCAUGCUUAGAGUCUUACUGCAUUUCUCACCUCAAAGUUCAUGAAGAACGCUUUCACAGAAAAGCCCACCAGCUGAUCCCAGCCUCCGAUCAGCUGAGAGACAAGCUGUGUCAACAGCACGAGAAGUUACUGCGGCUCUACUGCCACACCGACCAGCAGUGUGUGUGCUCGCAGUGUGUUAAAGAGAAGCACAAGGGCCAUGACACGGUCUCAGUGGUGGAUGAGAGAGCAACUCAACAAAAAAGACUCCGAGAAACGUCCUUGAAGUCUGUGCAGAAGAUGAGGGACACAGAGAAGGAACUUCGAUAUAUCAUCAGAUACAUCAAGCACUGCACAGAGGCUGCAAUGGAGGAGAGCGAGAGGAUUUUCUCCAAGCUCAUCCGAUCCAUUGAGAAACAAAGCAGUGAGGUGAAGGAGCUGAUCAGAAUCCAGGAGAGAGUGGCUGUCAGUCAGGCAGAGGAGGUGCUGGACAAGAUACAGAGGGAGAUAGCUGAGCUCAGGAGGACUGAAGCAGAGCUGGAGAGGCUUUCUCACACAGAGGACGACAUUCACUUCCUCCAGAAGUGCAAAUCUCUUCAUUUCCCUACAAAGGCUGUGGAAAUGCCCAACACUGAUGCAAUGACAUACUCUAUGUAUAAAACCAUUGGAGGAGCCCUGGUUGAUCUAAAGGACAGGCUGAAUGAUGCACUUCAGAAAGAUUUCAACAAACUAUCUAAUAAAGUUAUUUCACUUAAGGACAACAGUCAUUUGAGCACCUCUGAAAAGCCUAAAGCUAAAGACCCUGACAUUUCAUUCAACACAGACCCAAAGUCAAGAGCUGAAUUCCUCCAGUAUUAUAACGAUUUAACUCUAGAUCCCAACACAGCCAACUCUUACCUAAGCUUCUCUGACAGCUGGAGGUCUGUGACAACGCGCUCCGAGUCGCAGCUCUACCCCGACCACCCGGACCGCUUCACCAGUUGGGCUCAAGUACUGGGCAGAGCUGGGAUGGCCGGUCGCUGUUACUGGGAGGUGGAGUGGGCCGGAAACAAAGGGGUCUCCAUCGGUGUCUGCUACAAAAGCAUGAGCAGGAGUGGAGGCGGCAGUGACUGCAAGCUGGGACACAACUCCAAAUCCUGGAGCCUGGACUGCUCCACCACGAUCUGCUCAUUUCAGCACAAAAAGGAGAGUGUGACGGUGGCUGCCCCCUGCAGCGGCAGAAUAGGGGUGUAUCUGGAUUUCAGGGCUGGGACUCUAGCAUUUUAUAAUGUUUCUGAUAAGAUGGCUCUAAUUCAUAAAGAAAAGACCACAUUCACCCAGCCUCUAUAUCCUGGGUUUUGGGUGGGGUUAGGGUCUACCUUGAAGCUGUGUUGAGGUGUAAAACUGGUUCAAUAAUAUUUUUUCGCCUUACUUUCAAAAGAACGAAUCAAGACAAAUUUGUGCUCAAUGCUCAACUUUUUAUUAACCGUAAAAGCUAGAGCAGCAACAGUACUUCGGUGGAGCAGGUGAGGCUUAGAUCUUGUUGAAGGCAGCAA